AUGAGUCACAGUGAAAAAGAUGACGUAUCUAUAUUAAUUCCCGAUAAUAAUCGGUCGAUUGAAAAAUCCAAAACGGGAACGACAUGUGGAACAUCAACAACAACAAUAACAGAUAAUAAUAGUCAACAACUUGUUAAUACAGUUGUAUUUAAAGCAAUGAUCGUAUUUCAGGUAUUUGCUUAUGGAUCAUAUAGUGUUCUCGUUCAUUUAUGCGAGAAAAAUGGUAAAAUAGAAUUUAGUUCAACAACAAUGAAUUUUAUUUUGGAAUUAUCAAAAUUAUUAUUUUCUUUAAAUGCUUUUCUAUGUAUUUCUUCAUCAGUAACGGGAUCAAAUCAUUCAUCAUUGACAAUAUCAAGAAAGUUACUAUUACAUUCAUUACCUUACAGUAUACCAGCUAUACUCUAUUUUAUCAAUAAUAAUCUCGCUGUUCAUAUGCAAUUACAAAUGGAUCCAGCAUCAUAUCAAAUUUUAUCAAAUUUCAAGAUUUUGACAACAGCUAUUCUCUAUAGAAUAAUUAUGAAACAAUAUUUAACCAAAAUUAAGUGGUUAUCGUUAAUAUUACUAUUCGCUGGAGGUCUCUGCUAUAGUAUAGGUACAGUGACAAAUAGAUUUUAUAUCUGA